AGAUAAUCAAAACACAGAAAAACAAAAAAAAAAUCGAAACCAAACAAAACAAAGCUAAGAAAAAAGAAAAAGAAAUCAAGAAAAUAAAAACGAAAGAAGAAAAUAUAUUAAAAUUAAACAAACUUAGAAAAAAAAACUUAAAAAUCAAGAAAAUAAAAAAGAAAGGAGGAAUAUCCAAACCACCACCACCACCACCACCACCACCACCACCCCAAUGAUAAACAAAUGCUGACCAGUCGACGUAACAUGGCAGGGGGUGGAGGAGGAGGAGGAGGAGGAGGAGGAGGAGGAGAGAGGGGCUUCAAAAUCACGCCGCAAGACCUCCGGGAGUUAAUGGCUGCCAGGGGCUCUGAGGACCUCCCCCUCCUGCGCAGGAAGUUUGGAAAAGUGGAAGAUGUCUGUAAUGGCCUACUCUUCCAAUCCUACUGAAGGAAUCAGCAGUGACCCUGAGGACCUGGAGGUGCGGCGAGAAUACUACGGCAGCAACGUUAUUGAGCCCAAGCCACCUCCUUCCUUCCUGCGCUUGGUGUUUGAGGCUUUGAAGGAUACCACUCUUAUUAUCCUUCAAGUAGCGGCUGUUCUUAGCAUCGUCCUUAGCUUCUUUCACGCUGAGCCGGGCGGGGAAGGUGAAGAUGAGGACCAGACCGUUCUUCCUGGCCCUGACGACGAGACGGAGCAAGCACCCCCGUGGAUAGAAGGCGUCGCUAUCCUUGCUGCUGUCGCUGUCGUCGUCCUUGUCACAGCAUUCAAUGAUUAUACGAAGGAGAGGCAGUUUCGUGGGCUGCAGACACGUAUAGAAAACACACACACUUUCUCCGUGGUGAGGUCAAGAAGCAUCAUUCAGGUCCCUAUCUCAGACAUUUUGGUGGGCGAUAUAUGCCAGAUCAAGUACGGAGACAUGCUGCCGGCUGACGGGCUACUCAUCCAGGGGUCUGAUCUCAAGGUCGACGAGUCUUCACUAACAGGGGAAAGUGACCACGUGACAAAGACCCCCGAGCAGGACCCCUUCCUCUUUUCAGGAACCACGGUAAUGGAGGGCAGCGGACGCAUGGUAGUCACUGGCGUGGGCGAGAACUCCCAGGCAGGCAUCAUUAUGACCCUCCUCGGCGCCACUGAAAAGAGCAAGGACGGCAAGAAGAAGAAGGAGGAGCACCAAGAUCCCACGGAGAGAUCGGUGCUGCAGAACAAACUGUCUAAACUGGCUAUUCAGAUUGGUUAUGCAGGUACCGUGAUAGCAAUCCUCACUAUUAUCAUCCUGGUCGUUUCCUUCAGCGUCAAGACCUACCUGUUGGCGAGGGAGCCGUUUGAUGUCCACCACAUUAACUCUUUUCUGCAUUUCUUUAUCAUUGGUGUCACUGUGCUGGUGGUGGCAGUGCCUGAAGCUCCUCUCGCUGUUACCAUCUCUCUCGCCUUCUCUGUCAAGAAAAUGAUGAAGGACAACAAUCUGGUGAGGCAUCUGGACGCGUGCGAGACUAUGGGAAAUGCAACUACGAUCUGCAGUGACAAGACAGGAACCCUCACCACGAACCGCAUGACAGUGGUGGCUGCGCACAUCGCCGGGGUCACGUACAGAUCACUGCCUAAAUACGAGACGCUGCCCCAGAACAUCGCAGACCUCCUCAUCCUUGGCAUCAGCAUCAACACCAACUACACCUCCAAGAUUGUCCCCUCAGACACCCCUGGCGAGCUCCCCAAACAACUCGGGAACAAGACAGAGUGUGCCCUGCUUGGUUUUGUCACUGACCUGGGCCGUAGUUAUGUCACAGUGAGAAAGAACAACCCAGAGGAGAAGUUUGUGAAGGUGUACACAUUUAAUUCUGCCCGCAAGUCGAUGUCAACAGUGGUGCUUCUUGGUGGUGGUGGCUUCAGGCUCUUCACCAAGGGAGCCUCCGAGAUGGUGGUGAGGAAGUGUGGCUACAUGCUUAACAAGAAGGGUGAUGCAGAGAAGCUGACAGAGGAGGACCAGAGGGAGCUGGAAUCGGACAUCAUUGAGAAGCUCGCAUCAGAUGGCCUGAGAACCAUUGGCCUGGCUUACCGAGACUUUGUGCCCUUUGAUGCCAACGUGAACCAGACAUCCAUCACGGAGGAGCCAAACUGGGACAAGGAGGAGGAAAUAGUGACCAACCUAACCUUAAUAGGAGUGGUGGGCGUGGAGGACCCUGUCAGACCUGAGGUCCCCAAGGCCAUUGAGCUGUGCCAGAGGGCCGGGGUGACAGUCCGCAUGGUAACAGGAGACAAUGUAAACACGGCCCGGGCCAUUGCGUCCAAAUGUGGCAUCCUGCGGCCCAAGGAUGAUGGCUUAGUGAUGGACAGUCGCCAGUUUAACACAAUGAUAAAGGAUGAGGAUGGGGAGGUAUCCCAGGAUUUCAUUGACAAGGUGUGGCCAAAGCUGAGGGUCCUUGCUCGCUCCUCCCCACAAGAUAAGUAUGUUCUAGUGAAGGGCAUCAUCAACUCGCACGCUGGGGACAUGAGGCAGGUUGUGGCGGUGACUGGUGAUGGAACAAAUGAUGCACCGGCUCUCAAGAUGGCUGAUGUGGGCUUUGCGAUGGGUAUCACUGGGACUGAUGUUGCCAAAGAAGCGUGUGACAUUGUGCUGACAGAUGACAACUUCAGCUCCAUCGUGAAGGCAGUGAUGUGGGGCCGCAAUGUGUAUGACUCCAUUGCCAAGUUCCUGCAGUUUCAGCUGACCGUCAAUGUGGUGGCAGUGACAGUGGCGUUUGUUAGUGUGUGCAUCAUUAACGACUCUCCCCUCAAGACUGUUCAGAUGCUAUGGGUCAACUUAAUAAUGGACACCCUAGCCUCCCUCGCCCUGGCCACCGAGGCGCCCUCCCUGGCCCUCCUGCACCGUCAGCCCUACGGGAGGACCAUGCCUCUUGUGUCUACCAUCAUGCUCAGGAACAUCAUUGGACAGGCUACCUUUAUGGUCCUCAUGAUCUUCCUCCUAUUGUUCUAUGGCCACAUCAUGUUAGACAUAGACGAUGGACUGUACAGGGAGCCCGGGGAGCCUCCGUCACAACACUUCACCCUCAUUUUCAACACCUUUGUGAUGAUGACACUCUUCAAUGAGGUGAAUGCAAGGAAGAUUCACGGGGAGCAUAAUAUAUUUGAGGGCAUAACUGGCAACCCUCUCUUCUACUGCAUCUGGGUGGUGACCUUCGUGGCACAGGUGAUCAUCGUGCAGUUUGGGGGCUAUGCCUUUAACACAGCACCCCUCACCCUGGACCAGUGGCUGUGGUGUGUGUUCUUUGGUGUGAUGACCCUCCUGUGGGGCCAACUCCUCACCACUGUGUUUGCCUUCAUCCCAAGCCAUGGGAGAUACGAGUUAUCCGCGCCUUCCAGUCCGGACUUGUGGAGCCUCUGGAUGCACAAGACGAGCAGGGCCGGUUUGGAGGCCUGGGGAUCAGACCACUUAAACCGCGACCCCAUUCUGUCUCCGAUAACACUUCCCUCGAUCUUCUCGUUGACCCAGAGGGAAUCACACUGCCGGAGGUCGAAGGGUCACGAUAACGGUGUCGUUUUGAUUAAGGUCCAGGAGGCCCACCCACAGGGGAGCCCCACACCUCACCUGCCCCUCUCCCACCAACACCUGUCUGUGCCUGAUGUGGAUGUGAAUGGGAGGUCUCUCUACCCCUCACCACCUGGGAGUUACCUGUGAUUCCUGCUGUUACCUGGCCUCACCUGUGGGUUGUGUGGUUGUGGUAAUUGUGGUAGGCAGUAUAUUGGGUGGAGAAAUGGUACUUUAUGCAUGUGGCGGGAUGUGGUGUUGGGUGUAGUAGUGUAUUUUGGUGGUGUGGUGCAUUGUGUUAUUUGAUGUAGCAGUGCUUGUUUUUUGGUGGUAUAGUGUGGUAGUGCUGGGGUGUGGUGGUGUGGUUUGUUAAAAAAAAAAAUUGCAAAAACACCAUUAAUGCGGUUAUUUACAACGCAGUAGACAUGAGCAUGUAACAUCUCUUCAUUAUUUUGACCAGACAGUCCCCUUAACCUUAGCAACCAGAUAUAUUGAACCUAGUAAAAGGAAGGAAAAGAUGCUAAACAGAUUGGUAAUAGUGACUGAAGCCUUCAGACAUCACUUAAGCCAAAUAACUGCCUAUAUUGAAGCUUGUAAGGAAAGAUAACAAUGAUAAACAGUAAUUAAAGCCCUUGGAGAUACCCAACCCUGAGUGACCUUGUGUAUUGAAGCUUGUAAGGGAAAGAAAUGAUGGUGAUAAUGAUAGAAGACUUCAUAGUGACCCUAACUUGAUCUAACCUGAACCUCAAGUAUUUUUAUUGCAUGAGAGAAGGUUAGGUCAAGUUAAGGCAAGCUUAUUUACCCCUGAGAGACUGUGUGGAUGAUCCAUGGAGCGUAACUUGUAAGUGAAAAGUUUAAAUUAAGUGUUUGGUAAUUUUUUUGAGGACAGGAAUGUUUGUGAAAUGUGUUAGUGUGUUGCAGAAAAGUUAGGAGAGUUUUAAGUACCUCUGACUGUGUGGGUAUAUCAAAGAAUGUAACUACUAAUAGACUUAUUUAAAGUUUAGGCUUGUUUUGUGAAGACAGUACCAUUUUCCAGCCUGUGUAGAAUGUUUGGUGUGUUUUAAUGUGUCACAGAAAAGCCAUGACUAGUUUAAGUUCUCAGCAAGCUGUGUGUAUAUUUGAAUGACUGUAAUUUAUAAUACAAUGAAAUAAGUGAAGUGUUGGCUGGUUAUAUGAGGACAGCAACACUUCCCAGCCUGUGUGGAGCAUGUGGCAUGUGUAGAUGUUCCACAGAAAAGAAAGAACAAAUUUAGUGUAUAUUUCAACGGGUCUAUCUUAUAACAGAGACAUUUAGGGGAAGUGCUGGCUAAGUUUAUGAGGACAGCAACACUUCCCAUCCUGUUCUGAAGUGAGUAAGAUCAAACACUGCAGGGAAAGUUAGGUGCUUCUUGAGUAGGCCAAUGACACCUCAACACACACACACACACACACACACACACACACACACACACACACACACACACACACACACACACACACACACACACACACACACACACACACACACACACACACACACACACACACACACA